ACAGGCAGGCAGCCACAGGCCAGGGGGCACAGCUUGCUUCACACACAGGCAUAGGCCACGGUCAGUUCCCCCACAAUCGUCGCAUACGCUACCGUAUCUCACUCACUCAGACUCAGACUCGGUCUUCAGAAAGCUCAGCGCACCACUCAAAAGAAAACUCGAAGUCGAAUAAAGUCGAUUCAAGAUCGGGAAAAUUAACAUGAUAACAAGCAACCACAUAUCUCUGGCCGCCAGUGGAGGCCUCGCAGAAUAUUACAUGAAUUACUUAUUUUUAGAAUUUUAAGCUCAUAGUCACCUUACUACUGUUUACUUCUGUAGGUUCUGAUAUCGCGUGUUCGAACUUGAAAAAUCACAGAAUAAAUAACACAUUUCGCUGCACUAUUGUACUAGCGCUGCGCUGCUUCUAGUACUAUAGUGUGACAUUCACAUGCGAUCCAUGAAUUCAUUCGGGGGAAUCAGCAAACCGACGGUAAAAUUACUAGGUUCAAAGGGCAAUUUUCAGUUCCGGUCAUAGAUCUUGGCCAAUCAAAGAUUCUCCCGCCACUUGAACCAUUACCGCGCGAACUAUUGUCAGAUUGCCUUCAUUUCGCGAGAGAAAACUGAGCUGUGCAGUCGUGUUAUCGUCCUCGUCCUGCCUAGUUUGAAAAACGAGUAACAUUGUUGAAUUUUCCUUGCAUUUUGCUUGUAAAAACCACAUCAGUAUUCAACAUGUUUGAAGCAAGACUUCUCCAAGGAUCUAUCCUGAAGAAAGCUCUGGAAGGGAUCAGGGAGCUGAUCAAUCAAGGAAACUGGGAGUGUUCAUCAGAAGGCAUCAGCAUGCAAGGAAUGGACUCAAGUCACGUAGCAUUGACCGCCCUUACCCUUAAGAAAGAUCUCUUUGACCAAUUUAGAUGUGAUCGCAAUGUUACAUUAGGACUCGGUCAUGCAGUAUUCUCAAAGAUUUUAAAGUGUGCUGCAAAUGAUGACAUCAUUACAAUUAAAGCUGAUGAUGAACCCGAUGAAGUGAACCUUGUAUUCCAGUCUGCCAAUGACGAUAAAGUAUCAGAUUUCGUGAUCAAACUCAUGGAGAUUGAUGCUGAAACACUAGGCAUUCCGGACACGGAAUACACUGCCACAGUCAAAGUCCCAUCAGGAGAGUUCCAAAGGAUUUGCCGCGAUCUGAGUCAGUUUGGAGACACCAUCGUCAUCGCAGUCAAGAAGGCAUGCGUCGAGUUCUCGGGGACCGGUGAGAUCGGAUCUGCCAAGAUCGCUCUCAAGGAGAGUGGAAACGUAGAUGAUGACGAGAAGGUUUCCGUGGAAAUGGAGAAAGACGAAGGUUGCAGUCUGUCCUUUGCUAGCAGGUACCUCAAUUUCUUCACAAGAGCCACAUCACUCUCGGACACAGUCACACUUCAGCUCUGUCCCGAAAAUCCACUAGUUGUAUCCUAUGACAUCGGAGACCACGGUUCACUCAAGUACUACCUUGCGCCAAAGAUUGAAGAGGAUUAAAUCAAUUUAAAAGCAAUCUCCAGGAAAUCUGGUACAACGCUGCUCGCCAGCCUCGCGGUCUUAAGAACAUUUCCCUGCAGAUUCGAACAGUCUCUGGGAUAACUCAAACAACGUGCAUGGAAGAGAGUAAAAUUUCACUAGGAAUUCACAGAAAAAGGGGGUAUGAAUUGACUGCAUAUCAAGCCCCGUUCCACUUUUAGGGGUCAUCUUUAGGCUUGAACUAGAUGAACUCUUGUUAGUCUCGUACUAUCUGAGCCACCCAAGUCAUUCUUCCAUACUUUUGUGACCCAAUGUUUUAUUGAUACUUUCUGAAGGUACAGUAAGAAUUUUUUCUGUCAAUGUUAUUUAACAGGAAAUAACGGGCAGUUCACUCUUCAACACCUGUAUUCACAUUUAAUUGAUAACUUUUCAUUGGUAAACUUUCACAUGUAUUAAGUUUGUAUGGUUGAUCUCAAGUUUGUGUGAUUCAGGAAGGUUUGCUUAUUUAUUGGAACUUUUUUAAUCAUCAAUUAUACCUUGGGGGAAAAAAGCUUUUCGAGUCUGUUCUAUGCCAAACUGUGAGGGAUUUCUAAGGGUAUGUUUACAGUAUAAACAUUUUUGGUUAGAAUAGGCAUUUUGAUAUGCAUUAACAUGUAAUAAAAUACAUGGUUGAGACCGGCAUUCCCUUGAGCUUGAAACAAUGUCAAUUAUAACCCAAGACAAUCAUAUUAAAUAUGUUAUAUUCUUGUCAAAUGUUAAUGUUUUGAUGCAUUUGGACUAUUUAUAGGCGUGAGGAUGGGUUUGCAUAUGACCAGAAGCUUCAGUCUCUUUCCCAUCAGUUCCACUUACUACAUUAUUGACUCCAUCUAACCUUUGUAAUGAGGAUAGAGGGAAAAUCAAAAUGUCAGAAAUCAAUAAAUAAUUCCCCUGAAGAGUUACACAUUUUUUAUCAAGAAUUAUGCAUGCGGCAUAAUUUGAUAAGCACCAUAUCCAUAAUUGAUAUCCUAAGAAAUCUUUGGGUGAUGUUCUUUUGACUUUAAUAUGGUGUACAUGUAUGUUUGUAAAUAAAUUAUAUAAUUUGUGUGUAUUCUUCUACAUGGGUAGAAGUUAUUUGGCUUGAAAAUGCACUUCGCUGUAAAGUGUUCCUGGUAUGGCAAGAGAGUUAAAUGAAAAUUUACUCUCCCUAUAAGGUGGGAUGACCUAUAAGAAUUGAGAUGUCACAAUUCAAUUGCCUUAGGAAUUUAGAAUUAGAUGCCAUGGUUGACAUUUUGAUACAUGACAUAACUCAUAUAGGAAGUAUUACAACCAUGAUACAUUUAUUGCACUUGGCUUGCACAAUUAUUAGAUGUGCUGGUGCUUGUGAUGUAGCUUGUGUGCAAUUUGUAUAAAUGUAUCAAAGAAACGGGAUAUUACCUAUUCACUUGCUUGCAUAGAAAGAACAUGUGUGCAAUUUGUCUACAUUUAUCAAAGAAACGGGAUAAUACCUAUUCACUUGCUUGCAUAGAAAGAACAUGUACAUGUAAGUGCUAAAGUGAACCCUAAUACAUCAUCAAUUUUGAUGUGUGAAUGUAAGCUAUAACUACCAUAUUUGUUAUUGGGGAUUGUGUUCAUUACCAUAGUAGCCAAGUUUCCUUUUAUAAUAUUGGGUACCAGGGCUUGUUUCAUAAAGACUGACGACUAUUUUGCCAUUUUUGCAACAACCAUGGAAACCUUGAUUGUGAUUGGCUGCUUAGCCCUGUUGCCAUGGUGGUUUUUGCUAUUAUGACAAAGUUGCAUUAGUUGUAAAGUCUUGUGAAAAUGGCCCCUGGUAUCUGUUGUCGAUGGCUAUUGGUUGAUCACAAGCUUGUAUCCCGUCACAGAGAUUGUGAUAGAGAUUAUACUGGUUCAUUAUUGAUCAUCUGCAUAUUUGAACAAGAAAAAUAUUCAGGUGUCCAAUUUAUAUCCAAUGAUUUAUUGAACUCUGGACCUCUAUAAAGACAUACAAAAACAAUUUUCUCGCAACAAGCCAAAUGCAACUUGGCAUUGUAGAGAGUAGGCUAGCAUGGAAAUGCGUCUUUCCAGGGAUUUAUUUCCAGCAUGAGUUGAGGUUUAGGGACUCUAGUGAUUCUUAUGAAGCCAGAUGAAGUCUUAGUAUAUCUUCUUUCCAAGUUAAAUAGACAGAUUUUUUUUCAGACCAUGCCUGCUUUUACUUCGUAUGUCAGUUUCAUACCAUUUUAUUCAAUGCCAGUCGUAAACCAUUGUUAUCAACAGUGUGCAUUCUCAAUCCAAUAAAAUGUAAAUUUGUAUUCUGUAUAUAAAAGAA